UCUCAAACAUAAUAGGCUUAGAUAAUUCGCACAGUAUCCCACAGGUUACAAAUUAAAUCCAUCUUUCUCAAUUUACACUGCAAAAACACUCUCCCUGGUGUGCUCACGUUCCGGCUUGUCAUUUUAAGAGCAGCAUCUAUUUUAAAUGAACGAAAUAGAUAUAUGCCGUUAUUUUCAGGGGCAGCAGAAGCAGCAGCUUUCUCCCUUGGCAGAGUUCUCCUAAAGAUUUUCUCUUUUCUCCAGCCUAAGUGACAUUUUUUACACAGCCGACUGUAGCGGCUUGCAGAAAUGUGCUAGCUCAAGCAUUUCGGACCUAAUGGGGAUCUUGACAAGUGCCUGUGUACCAUUUCAGUCUCUGCUGCAAUACAAUACGUUUGCAGACUGGAAAGUUUCUUGCCUUCAGCGUGUGCCAUUGUCUGCUGCAUAUAUGGAUUGAUUAUAGCUUUUUUUUUAAAUUGAAAAUCACAAUGGAUCAAGCGCAGGACCACAUUAGGUACAGUUGAGGAGAUGAGACAGUGUUGCCUACACCAUGCCAAGGAGAAGAAGUGUUCUCACAACCCUUCUGAUAGUGCUACCAUGGACUAUCCUGCUGACCAUCUGGCAUCAGAACCCUGCUACUCGCUAUCUCACCAUCCUCAGAAAAGAAACCUAUGAAAACUCCAGUGCGAAAAGCUUGCAGUUUUUAAUAAACGUGACUAAAAUCAAAGAAGAACAACACACUGCAUGCACCCACCAGCAAGAGGUCAAGCCUGCCCAGCAGACCGCACGCAGGUAUGUGUAUUCCAGGCCACCGGGAUGGUCCAGGUGGCUUCCCACCAUCUAUGUGAUCACACCAACAUACACCCGCCCUGUCCAGAAAGCUGAGCUCACCCGCCUAGCCAACACAUUCCUCCACGUUCCUAACCUGCACUGGAUCGUGGUAGAGGAUUCGCCACGGAGGACCAACUUGGUGGAUAGCCUGCUGGAGAGAAGUGGCCUCAAUUUCACGCACUUGAACGUGGAGAGCCCCAAGAGUGUAAGGAUAGGUCUGGCCAAGGAUUCCUCUCACACCCCCAGAGGGACGUUACAGAGGAACCUGGGGCUGCGCUGGCUCAGGGAAAACCUGAUCCUCAGUGACUCCCUGGAGGGUGUGGUCUACUUUGCUGAUGACGACAACACCUACAGUCUGGAGCUCUUUGAGGAGAUGCGCUCCACUCAGAAGGUCUCUGUCUGGCCAGUGGCUUUUGUGGGCGGUCUACGAUAUGAGGCACCCAAGGUAAACACUGCAGGGAAGGUAGUUGGUUGGAAAACAGUGUUUGACCCAAAUCGGCCCUUUGCGAUUGACAUGGCAGGGUUUGCCAUCAACAUCAGGCUGGUGAUCAAGAGACCCUGGGCCAACUUCCAGCUGAGCGGUGUCAAGGGAGGGUACCAGGAGACCAGCCUACUGAAGGAGCUAGUUACCAUAGCUGAGCUGGAGCCAAAGGCCGCAAACUGUACAAAAGUUCUAGUGUGGCACACCAGAACUGAAAAGCCUACACUGGUCAAUGAGGGGAGACAAGGAUUCACAGACCUGAAGGUGGAAGUCUAGACAAUGGACUCCCUGCCCUAUGAGCCAGGCUGUUUGAAGAUGUUGGCAGUUUUAAGAACUGCACGUGUUUAUAAAGCUUACUGCACCGAAUGGCUGCCAAGGUAAGGCAAACCGACGGAAGAGGAAACUGCAAGCCGCAUAGCCAUGCUGGCUAAAAGACUGUCGCAGUACUGCACAAGACCAAGCACUUCAGCAAAGAAAAGUACUGCAAACUUCGCCUAAACAGCUCCACAAAUAUAACUACGCUAUACUUUCUAACCCUUCAGAAUAUAAUAGUGCAUAUUAUAUUCACAUUGUGCUCUUACUGAUUCAUAUUCCAAUACAGGACUACAGUAAGCUCAAAGUUCAGUUAAAAAUUCAGAUUGGAAUUUUUCAUUUUUACUUUAACACACUGGCUGACUGGCAGAAUAUAAUAGUGUAGAAUCUGUGAGGCAGGAGAAUCAGAGCGUGCUACUGAUACUGCAGAGAUGGCCUGAAUGAAGCACUGAGUUGUCAGAUACAGGAGCACAUUUCUAACUGCCAGCUACCCAUGCAUGAAAUAGCAAUCAAUGUGUAAAGCGAAGCAUUGAAAUAAUAAAAAUAUAUUAUGCUACGGUGCAGUGUUAAGUCCAGUAUACAGAGACACCCUAUAUGUAUUUGAAAGUGACUUGGUGCUGGCAACAAGCCACAUGUCUUAAAGUUUCUUGCAAAUGUUGUUGGAUUAUUAGAGUUAUAUGGAACUAAUGACAUUAUAAAGUUUAAGAGCAGGAGGCCACAAAUGGAAGCUUAUAUUUGAAUUUCUGUGCACAACCACACAGGUCCUCUGAUUUGUAGAGCCUUGAGUUUAAACUCAAAACUCCAUAACAACAACAUAAGAAAAACUUGGAGACACCUACAGAAAAUGUCAUGGUAUUUCCUGUCUGUUGUCUGCAUUGUUAUAUUACUGCAUAGAACUGCCACAGUUCUACAGUUAUAAAGUGGAGUAGCCAUGUUUUCCAGCUAGCAUUUUUUAAAUCUGUAUAUAAAGUUGCAUCAUAUGUAGUUGUAUCUUGGUAAAAUGUUUCAGAUGUGUUAUAGUCAUAUCCAAUGAGACAGUGAAACAUCUUAUGAAGGAAUGGUUGAAAUCAUAACUACAAUCAGCACAAACAUUGCAUUCCAAAGGCUUUAUAGCAGUGCUCUUACCUCUUUUCAGAAAAAGGGAAAAAAAGGCAUGAAAUUCCUAUCUUAAGAAAAACCACAAAUUGACUUUUACAACAAAGAAACACCUACAACUAUUGUAAACUUUUCACUUUGAUGGUUUAGUGUGGUCGUUGGACAUGCAGUCUUGCUCCAAGCAUUUGAAAGAGAUUAGUUAAGAUGAUUUAUUGAUAUAAUAACCAGUAUCCUUUUUCGUAAUCUGUGCAUAAAUACAUUUUAGUAAAAUAAAUACAAAAAUAAAUAACCACAUAGCUUGGUGGCAUAAAUGAAUAUAAACUGUAAUUUUAUUGUAAAAGCUUUCUUAAUUGUACUGUAUAUAGUUUAAAAUAUUAAUAUUAGGUGAAUAAAUAUUUAGCCAAACCGUUCAUCAGUGUUUUUAGUGUAAUAAGUUUUUUUUUUGUUUUGUUUUGUUUUAUCAAGGUCUUUCCUCAGUUUGUACAUUAAAAUUAAUGUCUAAAAAGUGGCCUGUGUUUGUUAAUAGUCUUGUUGCCAGUUUUGAUACAAAGACAUUUAUCACUGGGGGCACUGUGUGUUGUUAAAUGAAGAUCAGUAUUUAAUAAUGUUCAAUUAGGCUCAUGUUUCUUUGCAUUGCAAAAAGGCCUUGUCUUCCAGGUGAGUGAUGAUUACUGCAGCCUUUUGUUAUUGCCGUGGAAACGUGAACAUAGGCAAGUGUUUGAUCAAGGGAAGACUUGCCUUCUCCAUACAUAGGCACACAGAAGAGAGGUGUGAGACCAGCUGAAUGAGGAAUGACGUGGAAGGGUUGUUUAAAUAAUGUAUAAAUAAUGUUUCAAUCAGUGUUUUAAUCUAAAAGAGAAAUAUGUUUUUCUAGUGCUGCUAGUUGCCAAAUGAAAAUGACGUGCAUUCACUGGUAAUACAAUCUGUUUUGCAAUUUGAUACUGUGUCCUGUUAUACUCAUGUACAUUUUCUUUUUUUUCUGUAUUUGCUUUUUAAAAUAUAAAACAAAUGCGCACCUACCUACUGUAAAACAAGCAACUGGUAAGACAGUGUACACGGUAUAAUGUCACUGUGCAAAUUCACUGUGUUAAAGUCUUACCCCUAUCGGUUUGAAUGAGAUAUAUUCUUUAAAUAAUUGAAUUAGUAAACAAUAAAAGCUGCUUAAUAUCUCAUAAUUUGUCAGUAAUGUAAUAAAAGCUUUCUUUCUAAAUCCAUGAAAACAAA